AUGGACGACAAGGAAGAGACCAACGAGCCGCUCGAUCUCGUGCGCCUAUGCAUUGAUGAGAUCGUAGUGGUCAAAUUGCGUGGCGAUCGCGAAUUGAAGGGCAGGUUACACGCAUACGAUUCGCAUUGCAACCUCGUUCUCGGCGACGUCGAGGAAACAAUAUUCGUGGCUGAGGAAGAAGAGGACGACCAGGAGCCGCGCGUCAGGACGGUUAAAAAGCAGAGCGAGAUGCUGUUCGUACGAGGCGACUCAGUUGUCUUGAUCGCACCAGCAGAAGCCGCAUCGCAGUGA